ACAACUGGCUAAUUUUGUUCAUUCUCUUUAUGAGUGUGUAGGACCCUUUCCUUUGAAAGCCAGCCAUUCAGACGGACAUAUAUCAGCAGUGGACGGUAAUGGAGACCCAUGUGUGUUGUGAAGUGAAAGAUGUCUCGUCUGAAAAUGAAGAUCCUGGAGCAGCACCUUAUGGAAACUUUAUGAACUAUUACACGUUUAACCCACCAGAAAACCGUCUGAGCCUGAUACCGCCUAACCUGCUCCAGGAUCUCGGAUACAGUGCCAGUGAAACAGUUGUUAUACUGGACGUUGGAUGCAACUCAGGAGACUUAAGUGUGGCGUUAUACAAGCAUCUUCAGCAGGAGAGCCCAUCAGUAGGGCCUGAAACAGAGGGAAGAAGGCUUCACCUGCUUGGAUUUGACCUGGAUGAGAUACUGAUCGAGCGGGCUCAGGGCAUCAACCCUCUCCCUGGAAACAUCUCCUUCAUUCCCCUGGACAUCACGCAGGACGAGGCCAGCCGCGCUCAGCUGGACGCCUACCUGCAGACAUUCGGCCGCCGCACAUUCCACCUGAUCGCGUGCCUGGCGGUCACCAUGUGGGUGCACCUCAACCACGGAGACGCGGGGCUGCUGGGAUUUCUGUCACGUCUGGCCGUGGUCAGUGACCACCUCCUGCUGGAGGCGCAGCCGUGGAAGUGCUACCGCUCUGCCGCCCGCAGACUGCGUAAGCUGGGCCGCGCCGACUUCGAUCACUUCAAGACGUUGGAGAUCCGUGGGGACAUGGCGGAGAACACGCGGGAACACCUGGAGAGGAACUGUGGCAUGGAGCUGAUGCAGAGCUUUGGGAGCACGAGCUGGGAUCGGAAACUGCUUCUCUUCAGAAAACGCACAGACAAAGACAAGAGCUUAUGACAGGACAGGACGAGGCAAGAACUGAUGUGCUCACCAAAAAGACUGAAUGCCAAAAUGCCUCAGGGAAGACUCAUUUAUAAUUACUGUAGCUCAUUACUAGAUUUUACAUUUUACAGUAUAUAUAUAAAUACAUACACAGAUAUGUACUGGUAUGAGGGGGUUUUACAUGACUUAUGGAAUUGGUUUAGCUCAAUUUAGUAAAAAUGUAAUUUAACAAACUAACCACAUGGUGGCAGUAUGAUGUAUCAAUAUGCAGAACAGUCAUUGGCUCUGUCAAUAUGAAGAACCAUAAAUAAAUGUGUCCUGUAUACAGUGUA